GUCAUAGAUGUCACUGAACUAAAAUUAACCGCCGACUCCCCGUCAAGCGCCGCCACCAACUUUGAAGGCCUUGUUGGCUUGCGACACAUCGAUAUACUAUAGGUAUUGGCUUGUACAGAUCCGUCUUGCCCGCCGUCUUUAAACCAGCCAAAAAGGAAAAAAUAGAGACGUAAAAAAAAAUAGAUAUCUCACACCAAGAGACAGAAAAACACCGGCACCUUUCAAAGACAAAGAUAUUUUUACGUCUACGUUAAUACGGCCAUUCUCUUUACGGGAACGAAAAGAUGGCUAUUUGUAUUACAUUUGGGACUCAAGAAUUUACGUCGCGCCUUAAGGGAUAUGAAAAUGUCACUGCACAAUGCCAUAAUUGCGGGAAUUGGUCUGCUCAUUGCGUCACGAGAUGGCCUUGGUUUACAGUUUGCUUCGUUCCUGUUCUUCCUCUAUCGACUCACAAAUAUAAGGAGGUUAUCUGCCACGUUUGCCGCUUCGCACAAGAUCUAAGCAAUCGACCUGAUGUUGAAUCGCAAGCAGGUGGGGCUGCACCACCACCCGGACCAUAUCAAGGGCACCCUGGCUGGGGCCCUCAGGGUCCAGGAGCCUCGGGGGCACUAGGACAACAGCAGCCAGGUUACGUGUAUAAAUAG